AUGGCCGUCCGUUUGUAUUUCGUCCUGCUCCUAGUCGUCGUGUCCGCCAUGGCCCAGACAUUUCAGUACAGCAGAGGCUGGACUAACGGUCGCAAACGUUCCGAUCCUUCUUUCGUCCAGCAGCAGCAGCAAUGGAUCCAGCGCAACGGACACCCCAUCGUCGUCCCUGCAGAAUUCAGGAGCAAUUCCUUCGAGGAUUGGAGCCGUUACAGAAUCAACAGCGAAAAGGUGAACGAGGACGGAGAUUCUUGGCUGGUCCACGUUAGCCAUUGCGCCAAAUUGGCCACGUCGCUGGGCUCCGUCUUGAAGAACAAGGACGCCAAAUCCGACGAGAACCCACUCAUUGACGUUAUUCAUUAAGGUUAUAUUUAUAGAUAUAAUAUUUUGUGUGUGUGUGAAAAAAAAAAAUUCAUCCUCGUUCAAUUGAAAUGCCCACACGACAAAAUUGCGUGUCUACGACCCCGUCAGCGGACAUAUUAUAAAGAGGGUGGAAUUAUUAUUAUCUCAAGAUGGA